AAAAAAAAAUAGAGACGCUCCUGUGAGCAGUAGAGGGAGGAAAAUAAAAGGCCUCACUCUCCCACCUUUAUUUUGAUCAACUUUGUCGAGGGGGAAGAGAGAAGGUGGUGUAGAAAGGAGCAGAGUUUUGAGUCAGUGACCAUGUCUCUGGGGUACGCAGAGAAGCUUUCGUUCAUAGAAGAUGUGGGCAACGUUGGAAUGACGGAGCAUUUCGACCCACCUCACGUUUUGCAAGAAAAAAUUGAACGACUUGCCAUGAUGAUAAAAAAGAGUAAGCAUCUAGUGGUGUUUACAGGUGCGGGAAUAUCAACUUCUUGUGGUAUACCUGAUUUUCGAGGUCCCAAGGGAAUAUGGACACUUCAGCGUGAAGGCAAAGCCUUGCCUGAAGCAUCACUGCCAUUUCACCGUGCAAUGCCGAGCUUGACCCAUAUGGCUUUGGUUGAACUAGAGAAGGCUGGUCUUUUGAAGUUUCUUAUAAGUCAGAAUGUUGAUGGACUCCAUCUUCGGUCUGGAAUUCCAAGGGAGAAACUUGCUGAGUUGCAUGGGAACUCCUUUAUGGAAGCUUGCCCUUCAUGUGGAGCCGAGUACAUGCGGGAUUUUGAGGUGGAAACUAUUGGUUUGAAGGAGACAUCAAGACAUUGUUCUGAUGAAAAAUGUGGAGCAAAACUUAAGGAUACAGUUCUGGACUGGGAGGAUGCCUUACCCCCAAAGGAGAUGGAUCCUGCUGAGAACCACUGCAGGAUGGCUGAUGUUGUAUUAUGUUUGGGGACGAGUUUGCAAAUAACUCCAGCAUGUAACCUUCCUCUUAAAUCACUCCGUGGUGGGGGAAAGAUUGUAAUUGUGAAUCUUCAGAAAACUCCCAAGGACAAGAAAGCAAGUAUAGUGAUCCAUGGGCGUGUAGAUAAGGUUGUUGCAGGUGUCAUGGACUUACUUAACCUGCAGAUUCCACCAUUUGUCAGGAUUGAUCUUUUCCAGGCCAUUCUAACUCAAGCCUUGAGUAUAGAUAAAAAAUAUGUGAACUGGACCCUCCAAAUAGCAAGUAUACAUGGACACAGAGCUCCAUUGCCAUUCGUCAAAUCUGUUGAGGUUUCCUUCUUGGACAAGCAGGAUUAUAAAGCAGCUAUGUUACAUGUGCAACCGUUUCGGCUAAAAAGGAGAACCAUGCAGACGAAAUCAUUUGAAUUGGGUUUAAAACUCAAUUUCAGUGAUGGUUGUGGCUGUCAGUCUACUGAAAUUAAUAUCCCCAUUGAUUUUAAGGUUUCAACUGACUGUUUUAAUCUUGAAGAAGAAGCCGUACUUCAAAAGCUUCGAGACACGGCAAUUCAAGAUUUGUGCUGCGGGCAGAGUGCAGUUAUUGAGAGAAAGGCCAUCUUGACCCCGAAAAGUGAGGUUACUGUCUAUGCAAUCGUAACAAACAUUGUUCAGCACAGUAAAACCUCCAAAGCCUUAGCUGAUUCUCUCAGUAAUGGCAAUGUUAAAAGGCGAAGAGAAAGUUUAAAUGGGACCGGAACAUCUAGGAAGCGGUCAAAAGGGCAUACGCGGAAAGUUAGAUCUUAGAGAAUGUAAGGUUGUGAUUUGGGUUUGUAGAUAUGUUAUUCAUUAAAACUAACAAAAACUAUAGUUUGACUCUAAAAUGCAGGGACUGGGUGAAUUUUGUUAGAUACUGCACUCAGUCUCCCCAGCUAUGGAUAGGGGAAGUGUUAUUAUUGGUUGCUGGGUUAGCAUAAUUUACUUUUGUAAGUUUGAUUUUUGAGAUCAUUUAGUGUUCCAUAGUGAGCAUCUCAUAUUAUCUUC